CCACCGCUUAUCAUCUCUCUCCUCCUCUUUUCCUCUCUCUCUCUUUCAGCAGCUUCUCCGCCAAAACCCCGGAUCUGAUCGGCGAUGGAGACGACGACGGCGGUGUGGGCGGUGUUCGCCGCAGCGGCGGCGGUGAUCUACUGGUUCGUGUGGGUGAUGGGCGCCGCCGAGGUCAAGGGCAAGCGCGCCGUCGACCUCAAGAUGGGUUCCAUCACAAGUGACAAGGUUCAGGACAAUUAUAAGCAGUACUGGUCCUUUUUCCGGCGACCAAAGGAGACCGCCGGCGACUCCACCAACGUCCCCGCCUUCGUCGACACCUUCUACAACCUCGUCACCGACAUCUACGAGUGGGGUUGGGGCCAGAGCUUCCACUUCUCCCCCUCCAUCCCCAACCUCUCUCACCGCGACGCCACGCGCAUCCACGAAGAACGCGCCGCUGAUCUCAUCAACGCGCGGCCAGGCCUCAAAGUCCUCGACGUCGGAUGCGGCGUCGGCGGUCCGAUGCGCGCAAUCGCUUCUCACUCCCGGGCGAACAUCACGGGAAUCACCAUAAACGAGUACCAAGUCGCCCGCGCACGCGCUCACAACCGGAAAGCCGGUCUCGACUCGAUCUGCGACGUGGUGUGCGGCAACUUCCUCUCGAUGCCCUUCUCCGACGCAUCCUUCGACGCCGCUUACUCCAUCGAAGCCACCUGCCACGCGCCCAAGCUCCAAGACGUCUACCGCGAGAUCUACCGUGUUUUGAAGCCCGGCGCGCUGUACGUCUCCUACGAAUGGGUCACCACACCGCUCUUCCGCGCUGACAACGAAGAGCACGUCGAGAUCAUUCACGGGAUUGAGAGAGGUGAUGCUCUUCCUGGAUUGAGAUCUCACGAUGAGAUAGCUGUCAUUGCUAAUGAGAUCGGGUUUGAGGUACUUGAAGAGAAGGACCUGGCGAAGCCACCGGCAGGGCCAUGGUGGACGAGGUUGAAGAUGGGGAAGAUCGCGUACUGGAGGAACCACUUGCUGGUGUCGGCGUUAACGAUGCUGAGGAUUGCGCCCAAAGGAGUGGUCGAUGUGCACGAGAUGCUCUAUGAAACUGCCGGCCAUCUCACACGUGGUGGCGAGACUGGAAUUUUUACACCAAUGCAUAUGAUUCUCUGCCGCAAACCAUCCACCGCCACCAACGUCGCUGCUGCUGAUGAGUAGUAGAUUUACAGCUAGAUUUUCUUUUAUCAUUAGUUGUGGUAGAAUCUGUCACUUUCCUAUGUUUUCUUUCUUCUUUUUAACUUAAACUUUUUUGAUGUUGUGGUGGUGGUGUCUGGUAAUCAUGAUGGUGUCUUCUUUGGUACCUUGUUAAUUUUCGUUUUAUUAGUUUUUUUUUAAAAAAAAAAUUAGAUGAUCUUCUCUGUUCA